AUGCAGGCGCUCAGAGAACGUAUAUCAUCAAAAUUAAGUGAUAAAUCAAAAUCAAAAGAUAAAGAGAAAGAAAAAGAAAAAGAAAAAGAUGGGUCAUCAUCAUCAUCACUUAGAACUAGUACCUCAGCUGAUGGUAAACAUACAACAUUAAGUGAUUCACAUCGUCAUCAAGGUUCAACAUCAUCAUCAUCAACUAUAACAACAAAUACAACAUCAGUCAAUGUUCAAUCAGCUGAAAAAGUCAAAGCAUUUUUAGCUAAAGCUAAAGAUGAAUUUCAAGUUAAAUACGACAAACCAACCCAGAAUACUGCCAAACCCGAAGAUUUCGAACGUAUACGAACGCUCGGAACAGGUUCAUUUGGACGUGUUAUGCUUGUUAAACAUUUAACAAAUGGAAAUUUCUAUGCAAUGAAAAUUCUUGACAAACAAAAAGUUGUUAAAUUAAAACAAAUUGAACAUACACUCAAUGAAAAACGUAUUCUUCAAGCUAUUUCUUUUCCUUUUCUUGUCAAUUUGGAUUAUCAUUUUAGAGACAAUUCCUAUUUGUAUAUGGUUUUGGAAUUUGUACCCGGUGGUGAAAUGUUUAGUCAUUUACGUAAAGUCGGUCGAUUUAGUGAACAACAUGCUCGAUUUUAUGCUGCUCAAAUUGUAUUAACAUUUGAAUAUCUUCACUAUUUAGAUAUACUUUAUCGAGAUCUUAAACCUGAAAAUUUAUUAAUCGAUGCUGAAGGUUAUUUAAAAGUAACUGAUUUUGGUUUUGCCAAAAAAAUUAAAGGUCGAACUUGGACAUUAUGUGGUACACCAGAAUAUUUGGCACCGGAAAUAAUCUUAUCAAAAGGAUAUAAUAAAGCAGUUGAUUGGUGGGCAUUAGGUGUAUUAGUAUAUGAAAUGUCAGCUGGUUAUCCACCAUUUUUUGCUGAUCAACCAAUUCAAAUUUAUGAAAAAAUUGUAUCAGGAAAAGUUCGAUUUCCAUCACAUUUUAGUAGUGAUUUAAAAGAUCUAUUACGCAAUCUUCUUCAAGUUGAUUUAACAAAACGUUUUGGAAAUUUAAAAAAUGGUGUUGAUGAUAUUAAAACUCAUAAAUGGUUUUCAGCUACAGAUUGGAUUGCUACAUAUCAACGAAAAGUAGAAGCACCAUUUAUACCGAAAACAAAAGGACCCGGUGAUGCAAGUAAUUUUGAUGAAUAUGAAGAAGAACCACUUCGUAUUGCAACAACGGAAAAAUUUGGAAAAGAAUUUGAAGAAUUCUAA